GUCACCUGACGUCACCACCGGACAAGUAACCAUGGUGAUACUGCAACAACAUUAGGAUAGUGAAAUGAAAUUAAGUUAGUUCUGAAAUAUCGUAAUUUCGGACACGCUCAGAACAACACAAAGCUGCUGAGGUCAACAUAACCAGGAAAGGACGCUAUUUAGAACAAAAGGGCUUAGUUAUGUACAAGCAAGGAUGGGAUGAGAUUCAUCGGUACUCGGGCCCGAACGCACUGGAAAUAACCCUGUGGAAUCCUGGAUAAUAGCGGACAAGGCUGGGCGGAUUUGUGCAUCUUACUGUGCAUGUGCCUGGGCCAGACAUGCACACACAUUGCUGCAUUGCUGGUUGUCAUUGAGGCCACCAUCAUGUUGAGGGACUCCAAGUCACAUUGGCGAACACCUGCCGAAAUAUCAAAGAAAGGUGGAUAUGGACAUCAUCAGAAAGACACAUCACUCAGCCUGUGUGCAGUGGAUGGCAGUGGUGAUACUCAGCCCCGGAAACUCAACGGCUCUUCUGUUGAGGCGCCAAGCUACCAGAACUUACACCGGGAGCUGCUUCUCAGUCACAAGCGCGGCCUUGUGCUGGAGGAGAAGCCCGAGCUGAAGCGAGUGCUGGAGCAACGACGACUGGAGCUGCACAGGGAGCAGGAGAUGGCUCAGCAGCGGCCCUCGGACCUGGAGACGGAGCUCCGCAAGAGACAGCAGAAGCUAGAAGAGUACGAGCAGGAGGAGAUCAGGCAGAAGGAAAACCAGAACGAGGUACCAGAGUUUGUUCGUGUGAAGGACAACCUGAGACGCACGCAGAUGUUCUUGCAGUGAGGUCCCCGCAAUUACUGCAUAUUAUUCACUGGUUUUCAAAUUGUGUCUUGUGUCCAACUUUGAACAAUAAGUCACUCAUGCCAGGAAACACACCAAGUUCAAUACAGCAGGUUCAGGUAUUCUUCACAGUUGUCUUUGUGUGUGCUGCUGAGUGAGUGGUUUUGAUGUGUUUUUUUUACUGUUACGUUAUUUAACCUUAACUGAAAUCAACUGCUAAGCAGUAGGCUACAACUGUCAUGAGACAUUUUCAGGAUGUUUUGGGACAAUAUGUCGAAACAAAAGAAACAUCAGUGUAACAAACUGAGAGGUUUACUGUACGUCACAACAUUUGCUGUUCCCUGAGUGCAGUGAAAAUAAAGUGUAUUGCUCACAGAG